CCAUUUAUCACUCUAUUUCAAUAAUAUGAAAGGUAUUUAUAUCUGCUUGAAGGCGCAGCACUAAGUACUAACUGAUUUUUUCCCCUUUGCUCUCACCCAUGGUAAUGCCUUGGAUUACACCUGGAGUAGCCAGAAAAGAGGAAGGCUGAUAAUGAAGUUUAAAGCAUUUCUAUCUGAACAUGGUGUGAAUCUCUUAGAAAGGCGGUUUCUACCAGCCCUAGACAAAAUGGGCAAGAUAUGUCAUUUAUUUCUUACCAGAGACCAUGCAAUCUUCCUCCACAACCUUUUGAAUGGCGAUGGGGUUCAGUGCAUUGCUCAGUUUCGCAAGGAAGCUCUCUUUGAUGACUAUCGGAUCUCAAGUCAGAAUGAGGACCGCAUUGCCUUCACAAUUGAUGUAUCCCUUCUGCUUCGUGCUGUUCGGAGUAGUGUAAGUAUAUGUACUGAAUUUGGCAAUGGGCCUUCUGCCAACCGUCUCCAAAUUAAAUUGGUUAAGAAGUUGCCUCCCAAUUGUACUCAGCCAAUGCCUUUUCUUACCUUUGAAACCAAGGGUUAUAAAUCUGCUGUCAUUCAGGAUGUACCAAUAUCAAAACCUUUAUCUAGGGCUGAAGUGCUUGAGCUGCAAACUGCACUUGAUGUGGCACAAGAACUACCUCCGACUCUGGUUCAAGUUCCAGAUUUGAAUCAAUUGCAGAACUUUGUGGAACGGAUGAAGCAUGUUGGUGAUUUGCUAAAUGUCUCUAUAAGCAAGUAUGGAGAUCUACAUGUGCAAAUCUCAACAACUUUGAUCACACUUGGUGCUGAAUUUCGUAAAUUGUUGGUUAUUGGAGAACAAGCUGAAGCUCCAACAGAGGAAAGAAAUCUGAGCGCUCAGACUCGGUCGGAAAGGGCAAUCUCGAGGGGAGACGCUCAGAGUGUUCAAGUGAGUAUAAGACACUUUUCUAGGAGCCUUCAGUGUCACCUGGCAAAGCCUGACUGUACUUUUUAUGGGAUUGCUCCGCAGGGUGCUUGUUUGACGGUGAUAUUUCAGUUCUUCAUUCCUGGUACACGUCAAACUGAUAAAUCAAUCAGUCUACAUUGCAGGCUUCCUGUACUUGAUCCAGGGUCAAGUUGAAUUCAAUCAGUUUGCCAUCAAUAGCUACUUUUCAGCCAGAACUAGUAAUUUUCAAGUAGCUUGUGGCCUGGCAAUCCAUGUAACCAUUACAUUCCAGAAGACUUCCUCAAAGUCCGAACU